AUGAUCUGCUUUUCAGAUAAUACCAUCCAGUCGAUUUUCUGCUGUUGCUGUUGCUGCUCCCUGCAGAAGCGACAAAUGAAAACACAAAUAAGCCUGAGUAGAGAUGAAGAAGUUUCAGAAGAAUACAGUCCGCGGGCGAGACAGUGGUUUUGUGAAUUGCAAAGUAAGAAGAAAUCCAACAGGGGUCAUAUACAACCGUCAAAACGCAAGCCUCUGCCUCCACUCCCACCAUCCGUGGUUGUUGAAGAGAAGAUAAAAGUCAAGGCCCUGUAUGACUUUGCACCCAGAGAGCCCUGUAAUUUAGCAUUAAAGAGAGCAGAGGAAUAUCUAAUCGUGGAGAAAUAUAACCCUCACUGGUGGAAGGCAAGAGACCAUUUGGGGAAUGAAGGUUUAAUCCCAAGCAACUAUGUGACGGAAAACAAGCUAACCAAUUUAGAAAUAUAUGAGUGGUACCAUAGAAACAUUACCAGAAAUCAGGCAGAAUGUCUUUUGAGGCAAGAGUCUAAAGAAGGCGCAUUUAUUGUCAGAGAUUCAAGGCAUUUGGGAUCCUACACAAUUUCUGUGUUUAUAAAAGCAAGGAGUACUGAGGAAGCAACCAUCAAACAUUACCAGAUUAAAAAGAAUGAGUCUGGGCAGUGGUAUGUUGCUGAAAAACACUUCUUCCCAUCCAUCCCUGAGCUGAUCUGGUACCACCAGCACAAUGCAGCUGGUCUCAUGACCCGUCUGCGCCACCCAGUUGGGUUUAUGGGCAAUUGUUUGCCAGCCACAGCUGGAUUUAGCUACGAAAAGUGGGAGAUAGAUCCAUCUGAAUUGACUUUUGCAAAGGAAAUUGGAAGUGGUCAGUUUGGAGUGGUCCACUUGGGUCAAUGGCGAACACACAUCCAGGUAGCUAUCAAAGCCAUCAGUGAAGGCUCCAUGUCUGAAGAGGACUUCAUAGAUGAGGCUAAAGUGAUGACGAAAUUAUCUCAUUCACGGCUAGUUCAGCUUUAUGGAGUAUGUAUACAGCGAAAGCCACUUUACAUAGUCACAGAGUAUAUGGAAAAUGGCUGCCUGCUUGACUACCUCAGAGAGAGAAAAGGGAAGCUUAAGAAGGAGAUGCUAUUAAGCAUGUGCCAGGAUGUAUGUGAAGGAAUGGAAUACCUGGAGAGAAGCUGCUUUAUUCAUAGAGAUUUAGCAGCAAGGAAUUGUUUGGUCAGCUCUACAAGUAUAGUAAAAAUUUCGGAUUUUGGAAUGACAAGGUAUGUUCUGGAUGAUGAAUACAUCAGCUCUUCUGGAGCCAAGUUCCCAGUCAAGUGGUCCCCUCCUGAAGUUUUCCAUUUCAACAAGUUCAGCAGCAAAUCUGAUGUCUGGUCAUUUGGAGUUUUGAUGUGGGAAAUUUUUACAGAAGGAAAAAUGCCUUUUGAAAAUAAGUCAAAUUCGCAAGUUGUGGAAGCCAUUUCUAAAGGCUUCAGGUUGUACCACCCUCGCCUGGCACCAAUGUCCAUCUACAAAAUCAUGUACAGCUGCUGGCAUGAGAAACCAAAAGGUCGCCCUACAUUUGCUGAGCUGCUGCAGGUGCUCACAGAGAUCGCAGAAACCUGGUGA